AUGGAGGAACACAUUCGUCAAAGUCUUUCCAACCACCCGAACGCUUUGCAUCACUUGCAUAGCAAUAGCAGCAGCCCUCACCCUUCCCAACGAUCCGUCGAUAGAAUGGCCCGGACUAUCAAUGAGGGUACCUCAACUGCUCUUGAGCACGAGCUGAGUGUCAUUCAGCAAGGUCGUUCAGGUAGUCCAGAUGAAGAGGGCCGUCCUCCUCCACGAUACACCGCAGAGAGUGAUCCAUUCCACCUCGCUUCAAAGCUCAAGUCCGAAGAUGAGAUUCGCGAGAUAAGGGCCAACACCUCACGGAAGCGUGAUGGCAACUCUUCCGGAGGUGCUAAGGUCAUGGAUAUCAUGCGGCAGCCCGGUAUCAAACAGGCUCUUAUUACUCGCAAGUUGCAGGGCUUCUACGAAGAGCAGAACGAGAACAUCGAGCGCAUGUUGAAGCCUGUCGAGGAACAUGUACGGGCGGCUCGUGAAUUGAACAUCGAAAACAGCCUCAAGUACAAAAUUGCAGUCUAUGCCAGUUUUGCUGCCAAUGUUAUUCUGUGUGUUGUGCAGGUCUAUGGUGCCGCCUCAUCCGGAUCGCUGUCGCUGUUCACUACCAUGGCUGACGCCAUCUUCGACCCCAUGUCCAACCUGACCCUCCUGCUGUCCAACAAGGCCGUCAACCGAGUCGACCCUCGCAAAUUCCCUGCUGGCAAAGCUCGUAUUGAGACGGCUGGUAACAUCUGCUUCUGUUUCAUCAUGACUGCUGUUUCAAUGAUCAUUAUCGCUUUCUCCAUCCGUGAGCUCGUCGAAGGCUCCGCCACCCUUAAAUCUUCCUUCCACCUUCCCUCGAUCAUCGCUGUCUCCGUUGCCUUUUUCACCAAGCUCGCUCUGUUCUUAUACUGCUUUGCUCUGCGCAAUCAAGUCUCUCAGAUUCGUAUUCUGUGGGAGGAUCACCGCAACGAUCUUCUGAUUAACGGUAUCGGUGUUAUGACUUCGAUUAUGGGUAGUAAGAUUCGGUGGUGGAUCGAUCCCAUGGGUGCUAUUAUCCUGUCGCUCAUUGUCAGCGGUUUGUGGUUGCACUCUGCCUAUGGUGAAUUCCAGUUGUUGAUCGGUGUCACUGCCGAUACCAAGAUGCAACAGCUCAUCACCUACAUCUCAAUGACCCAUUCGCCCUUGAUCACAGCCAUCGACACUGUUCGUGCAUACACAUCUGGUCCUCGUCUAGUUGUUGAAGUUGAUAUUGUCAUGGAUGCCGCCGAUUCCCUUCGUGCGACCCACGAUGUCGCUGAGGAACUCCAGAUCAAGCUCGAGUCUCUGCCUGAUGUGGAGCGUGCCUACGUUCACGUUGACUACGAGACUACCCACAAGCCUGAGCAUUUUCUCAAGAAGGAGCUAUAA